UUAGUUGAAGUGGACGUCUCCGGAGCUGCGCUUGUCUCUAGUAAACUGAACAGUAUUUUAAUGCAUUUAUAAGAAUAUCUGAGUAAAGAAUAAAGAUGACGGCCGGCGUGGCCGGUUCCGGGGCCACGCACCCGGUGAAGAUCGUGGCCAACAUCUUCAUCUCCUUCAUCGGAGCAGGCGUGCUUGGUCUGCCGUUCGCAUACAAAGAGGCCGGCCUAGCAGAAGGAAUAUUGAUAAUGGUGACCGUCGGUUACGUUUCCAUUCGAGCAAUGUUUCUCUUGAUUGACUGCAAAUAUUUGCUGCUGAGCAAACGUCGAAGUGGGAACGUAUCCGUCAAUACUUACGUGAAGAGCAACGUGCCUCUGAGCGACGGCUCUGUCGAGCUGAAACUGCCGCUGCUCAACGGAGACGCCGGCGGUGACGACGAGGACGACAAGAUCCUGGUGGACACCAGCCACGAGAUUACGUACGGUGACCUCGGGUUUUACGCAUACGCGGAGAAGGGUCGCUGGCUGGUGGAUGGCACUGUCAUAGUGUCUCAGAUCGGGUUUUGCUGCGCCUACCUCAUAUUUAUAUCGGAGAACCUGUCGACGUACGUGAGUGGCGUGAGCACCAGUCAGUGGCUGGUCCUGUUCCUGCCGCUCCUCUACAUGCUCUGCCUGCUCAGGAAACUGGAGAAACUGGCCGUCUUCAGCAUCUUUGCGCAGAUUUCCACCAUCAUGGCGUUCGCCGUGGUGUUCUGGUUCGACUUUGAGCACUACUACGUCAUGGAGCGGUUUCACCCGCGGGAGUUCUCCUCCCGAGGAUUUCCGUUCUUCUUUGCCAUCGCCAUCUACUGCUAUGAGGGCGCCGGAAUGAUUCUGUCGCUGGAGAACUCACUCGCUGAGCACGUGCGGCCCAAGUUCAAGAUGUACUUUGGCCGCACCAUGUUCUGGGUGACGGCUCUGUACGUCGUGUUCGGCUGCUCCGGAUACAUAUCGUUCGGGCCCGAGACUCGGGAGAUCAUCACGCUGAACCUGCCGCCCAGCGAUGGCACCAUCGACUUCGCCAUGGUGGUCAAGUGCUGCCUGUGCUUCUCGCUGUUCUUCACCUACCCGCUGAUGAUGUUUCCCGUGGUGACGAUCAUUGAGAAACGUCUGCCGGCCAGCUACCUGACCACUUCCAGAGGGAACGUUCUGCGUCUGCUGCUGGUGGCCACCUCGGGCCUGGUGGUCGUGAUGAUCCCCAACUUCGCCAACCUGAUGGCCAUCAUCGGCGGCACCUGCUGCACGCUGCUGGCCUUCGUUCUGCCCGGACUGUUCCACCUGCGACUGCGCCGACGUUCGAUCACCCGACGGGAGAAGAUUUUCGACAUGUUCCUGAUCGGUAUCGGCGUGGUCGGAGCUGUGAUCGCCACUACGGACGCCCUCUCACGAAUGGCCGAAGGUCCCGACGAGCCUUUAUCUCCAUCAUCGGCAGUGCCCGUCGCAGUGACUAACGUGAUCGACACGGUACAGGCAGCCGCCAACGGCAGUGGAACCGCUGCUGCAGCGGCUGGCAAGACUGCAGCCGCAGUAGCGGCUAGCAGCACCGCAUCAGCUGUCUUAGUGGCUGCCAAUGAUACCGCUUCCGUCGUCUUAGCAGCCGCUAAUGAUACCAUAUCUUCCGCCUUAGCAACCGCCAAUGAUACCGCCUCCGCCGCCUUGGCAGCCGCCCAUGAUGUCAUAUCCUCCGCCAAUGAUACUGCAUCUGCCGUCUUAGCAGGAGCCAAUGAUUCCGCUUCCGUCUUAGCGGACGUCGCACCCACGGCAGCGGCCAAAGGCACCGCCUUCGCCGUGACGCCGGCGGCGGCCGCCCGGAUGGCGCUGGAUAUGCUGACCAACGACGGCUCCGCGCCGCUGGAUGUUAGCUGAUGGGGACAGAGGUGGGGCAGGUUGUGACACAGUCGAUUCUCUCCUCUCUUCUCCUCUCCUCUCCUCUCCUCUCCUCUCCUCUCCUCUCCUCUCCUCUCCUCUCCUCUCCUCUCUCUCUCUCUCUCUCUCUCUCUCUCUCUCUCUCUCUCUCCACUCCUCUCCUCUCCUCUCUCGCUCCCCUCGUCUCCUCUCGUCUCCUCUUCUGGCUGACGGUGGUCUUGUUGCGAGUGAUGGCUCUCUGCGGUGCUGGUGAAGUGCCCCCUCUGCGGUAUUGAUGUGUGACGCGCGCGCCCUACACCCCUGGACUCGACGCUGUCUGGCUGUGGUACCCUCUUACCAAUGGCCGUGGCAUGUCCUGCAUUACAGGCGCUCAACGACUGUGCGCCGAAACGACAUAGUAUUUUUCUCGUGUACGAGAUGAUUUUUAGUGAUGGUAAAGGAUAUUGCUGCGUGGAUAUUGUCGGUGGUAUGCAAUAAGGGGUGGAAAUCGGACCGCCCCUGACAUUGUAUUUUUCUAUGUGUUUUUGAGUGGGUUGUAUGUUUAUGCUACCGCAGCCGAGGCCGAAGAGGCUUUUCCAGUGCUGGUCCGGGAGCAUUGUUACGGGGAACAAUCUCCCACCGUGUGGGAACAAACGGCCUAUUGCAUGGAGAUUGUGUACUAUUUUUAUGACCGUCUUUGGUCGCUGGUUGAGGUAUAACCUGGCUUUAUUCUGAAAUAAAUGAACUCCUAAUGG